AUGGAAGAUGUUGGGAGGGAUUACUUGAAUGAGAUGGUCUCUGGAUCUUUCUUCCAAUCGGUUUCUGAAGGGUAUUACUUUGUCAUGCAUGACAUCCUUCAUGAUUUGGCAGAGUCACUCUCUAGAGAAGACUGCUUCAGAUUAGAAGAUGAUAAUAUGACAGAAAUACCAUGCACUAUUCGACAUUUAUCUGUUUCUGUUGAGAGUAUGCAAAGGCAUAAGCAAAUUAUCUACAAGCUACAGCAUUUACACACUGUUAUCUGCAUGGAUCCACUAAUGGAUAAUGCAACUGUUAUUUUUUAUCAGAUACUGCAGAACCUGAAGAAGGUGCGUGUAUUGCAUUUGUCAUUUUACAACAGCAGCAUGUUACCUGAAUCUGUUGGUGAGCUGAAGCACCUUCGGUAUUUGGACCUCAGAAUGACAACGAUUUCUGAAUUGCCUAGAUCAUUAUGUGCUCUUUACCACUUACAGUUACUUCGGUUAAACCACAGUGUGGGGAGGUUGCCUGACAAAGUUUGUAAUUUGAGUAAGUUACGGCAUCUGGAAGGGUGCAUCGAUCAAAUUCCCAACAUUGGCAAGCUUACUUCGUUACAACAGAUAGAUGAAUUUUCUGUGCAAAAGAAGCAAGGAUAUGAGUUGCGACAGCUGAAGGACUUGAAUGAGCUUGGUGGCAGUUUAACAGUAAAAAAUCUUGAGAAUGUCAUUGGAAAGGAUGAAGCCUUAGAGUCGAAGCUAUAUCAGAAAUAUCGCCUUAAAGAGUUGACGCUUGAGUGGAGUUCCGAGGAUGGCAUGGAUGCAAUGGAUAUUCUGCAUUUGGAUAUUCUAGAAGGUCUGAGACCGCCACCCCAACUGAGUGAGCUCACAAUCAACGGUUACAAAUCUGGCACAUAUCCUAGGUGGUUACUUGAGGGAUCCUAUUUUGAAAAUUUGGAAAGGUUUGAGCUUGAUCACUGCAGCUUGCUAGAAGGCCUACCACCAGAUACAGAACUCCUUCAGCAUUGCUCUUGUCUGUAUCUACGGGACGUUCCAAACUUGAAGACGUUAUCAUGUCUUCCAGCAAGCCUUACAGAUUUGUCAAUCCACGGCUGCCCACUGCUUACAUUUGUCACCAAAAAUCAGCUCGAGCAACAUGACUUGAGGGAAAAUAUAAUGAAGGCAGAUGACCUGUCGUCUAAACUUGCAUCAAUGUGGGAGGUCAAUUCGGGAUCAGAUAUUAGGGAAGUACUUUCAGAGGACUAUUCAUCCCUGAAGCAGUUGACAACGCAGAUGGGUGAUGAUAUAUCACAACAUCUUCAAAUUAUUGAAAGUGGCCUAGAGGAAGGAGAUAUAAUAUCGGUGAAAGAAAAUAUCAUCAAGGCAUGGCUUUUUUGCCAUGAGCAGAGGAUAAGAGGCAUUUAUGGAAGGACCACGGAGCUGCCGCUGGUUCUACCAUCUGGAAUUCGUGAACUUUGUCUUUCUUCAUGUAGUAUUACAGAUGAAGGUUUGGCUAUUUGCCUUGGUGGCCUCACUUCACUGAGAACCUUAGAAUUGGGUUAUAAUAUGGUCUUAACUGCACUUCCGUCACAGGAGGUGUAUGAGCAUUUGACAAAGCUUGAGAGGAUUGAAAUCACUGCUUGUUGGUGUCUCAGAUCACUGGGGGGCUUACAUGCUGCUCCAUCUCUUUCCAGUCUUUACUGUUGGGAUUGCCCUUGUUUAGAGCUGGCACGUGGAGCAGAAUUUAUGUCGUUCAACCUUCCUAAGCUCCUCAGCAUACGUGGCUGCAUACUUCCAGCUGAUUCAUUCAUUAAUGGCUUCCCACACCUGAAAUAUCUUUCCAUUAAUGGCUGCAGAAGCUCCCCAUCCUUAUCGAUUGGCCACCUGACCUCCCUUGAAUCAUUACAUCUAGUGUGUCUCCCUGAUCUGUGCUCGCUUGAAGGCCUGUCUUCCCUGCACCUUAAGAACCUAAGUUUGGUAGAUGUUCCAAACCUCACUGCCCAGCACAUCUCACAGAUCCGUGUCCAGGAAGCGCUCACUGUUAGUAGCUCCGUAUUGCUCAACCACAUGCUCAUGGCUGAAGGGUUUAGAGUCCCGUCGUAUCUUUGUCUUCGUGAUUGCAAGGAGCCGUCAGUUUCAUUUGAAGAACCCGCAAAUCUCUCAUCUGUCAAGACGCUGGAAAUUUGGAGGUGCAAAAUGGAGUCCCUGCCAACAAAUCUGAAAUUUCUCUCCAGUCUGCAGAGUCUUGAAAUCUCUGAUUGCCCCAACAUAACAUCUUUACCAGAUCUGCCGUCCUCCCUCCAGCGCAUAAGUAUAUGGCGUUGCCCCGUCUUGAAGAAGAACUGCCGAGAACCUGAUGGAGAAAGCUGGCCAAAGAUUUCGCACAUCCGCUGGAAGACCUUCUACAAAUAUUGA